AAUAACAGCAAAAUCGCUCUUAAAUCACCCACGAUUUUGUUUGCCUAAUUGUAUGAAUUCCCGUGUGCAGAACACAAGUUCGCAAAAGUUUUCUGAAAUUCCACCACCACCAAGAAAAAAAAAAUGUUAUACAGGGUACUUAAACCACAUCUUUCAGCUUAUGUACAGAAACUUAGUUCUUUUCGUUGUUCAUAUUUCCCAGUCGGUUUUUCAAAAUUUCCGUUGUCAAGUGCUUACCUCCCAUAGCUUCGCGCCUAAACAACGAGUAAUGUUGUAUGUAUUGCUGUUCAUAUAGACGAUCUUUUGCUGUAAAUACUACCAAAAAAAGAAUAUCAGACGUCUGAGGCAUAAAGGAAUUUUUACAUCAUGAAUAUUGAUCAGGUUUUAAACACAAGAGGAAGAUGUUAUACACAACAGAUAUAACACUGUUCAUAUAAUAUAUCUAUGGUGAAUUACUGUGAAAUAUUUCUUCUGAAUUGAGAGUUAUAGCAACGUUUCUGUCUUAUUCACUAUUUGGAAAAUGUACAAAAUUAUAUAGGAUUCAACUUAGCCUUUUUUUUUUGCAUUUAAACUGGCCAUAUCUAGUCCAAACAUUCUACUGGUUCUCUGUUCACACUGGCCAGAUGUGGCCUCUCAUACCUGGCCUACAGUGUUCUCAAAAUAAACAUCACGUGAUCAAAAUAUCGAAACUGAAAUAGAAUGCGCGAUUAAUUUGAAGUAAUGUGAAGCGAUAAGCAUUUGACAGAGUAAUCUGGGUGGUGAAGAGUGAAACUUGGGCAAAUUUUACACAAAGAGGUGUUUUAAGUCCGUACGAAUGCAGGAAACAAGCCAUAUGACUGACACCUCUGGCAGAUCAUUCUCUUUACAGCUGGAUGCCCUUCUUAAUGUUAGCCACUCCGCAGAGUGUACUUGAUGCUUUUAACAUGUCGUCAGAACAGGUGCGUUUUACAUGUCACCAAAUAAUUUAUCAAAGGAAUUUUCGUUUUAUUUAGACUUGGGUUACAGAAGUGUUUUCCAGCAUUAUUGUAUACCGACAACGAUAAUAGCAUGUCACAGUAGAGCAGUGAAAAUGCAAGGAAGAAAAUAUCUGUGUUGAGGUUCGAGGAAAAAAAGUGAUGGAAUAUGAAAUGUGUAGUGACAAGGUUAAGCGUAAAAGACAGACUAAAAGGAUUGACGUUCCUUGUGAUAUAAAGAAAGAGAUGCUGCAUUAUUGUGAUAUCUGUAGUAAAUCAUUCUCUCAGAAAGGUAACCUAACUACGCACAAACGUAUUCAUACAGGAGAGAAACCACAUCACUGUGAUAUCUGUGGUAAGUCAUUCUCUGAGAAAGGUAAAGUUCUUACUCACAAACAUAGUCAUACAGGUGAGAAACCAUAUAAGUGUGACACCUGCGGUAAAUUGUUCUCUCAGAAUAGCAGCUUGACUACUCACAAACGUGUUCAUACAGGAGAGAGACCCUACCAUUGCGAUAUCUGUGGAAAAUCAUUCUCUGGAAGUAGUAAUUUAAUUAGGCACAGACGAACUCAUACAGGGGAAAAACCAUAUUGUUGUGAUAUCUGUGGUAAAUCGUUCUGUGAAAAUGGAGACUUAACUAAACAUAGGCGCAUCCAUACAGGAGAGAAACCAUAUCAUUGUGAUAUCUGCGGAAAAUCUUUCUCCGAGAGUGGUAAAAUAUCAGCACACAAACGUAGUCAUACCGGAGAGAAACCAUAUCGCUGUGACGUCUGUGGUAAGUCAUUCUCUCAUAGUCAUGCCUUGAUUACGCACAAACGCAUCCAUACAGGAGGGAAACCGUAUCGCUGUGAUAUCUGUGGUAGUUCAUUCUCUCAAAUUGGUCAUCUAACUAUCCAUAAACGUGUCCAUACUGGAGAAAAACCAUAUCACUGUGAUGUCUGUGGUAAAUCGUUUUCCGACGGAGGCUGCUUGACUAAACACAAGCGCAUUCACACAGGAGAGAAACCAUAUCAGUGCGAUAUCUGUGGCAAGUCGUUCUUUCGCAAUCAUCAUUUGAUUAGACAUAAACGCAUUCAUACAGGGGAAAAUCCAUAUCACUGUGAUAUCUGUGGUAAAUCCUUCUCUGAAAGCAGCAACUUGACUACACACAGACGUAUUCAUACAGGAGAGAAACCAUAUCACUGUGAGAUCUGUGGUAAAUCAUUUGCUGAGAAAGGCAAACUAAAUACACACAUGCAUAUUCACACAGGAGAGAGACCGUAUCAGUGUGAUAUCUGUGGUAAAUCUUUCUCCGAUGGGAGUCACUUAACUAAGCAUAAGCGCAUUCAUACAGGGGAGAAACCAUUUCACUGUGAUAUCUGUGGCAAAUCGUUCUCUCGAAAUGAACACUUGACUAUACACAAACGAAUUCAUACAGGAGAGAAGCCGUACACGUGCGAUAUCUGUGAUAAAUCAUUCUCUGAAAAGGGUACUCUUAAAACACACAAACGCAUUCAUAAGGGGAAAAAUCCGGUCACUGUGAUGUCUUUGGUUUAAUCAUUUUCGGGACUUUUGAGCGAGAUCGUUGCCAGUGCCCCUGGACUGGCUCUUGUGUGGGUGGCACAUAAAAUACACCAUUUUGAGCGUGACCGUUGCCAGUACCGCCUGACUGGCCUUCGUGCGGGUGGCACGUAAAAGCACCCACUACACUCUCGGAGUUGUUGGCGUUAGGAAGGGCAUCCAGCUGUAGAAACACUGCCAGAUCAGAUUGGAGCCUGGUGUAGCCAUCCGGUUUCACCAGUCCUCAGUCAAAUCGUCCAACCCAUGCUAGCAUGGAAAGUGGACGUUAAACGAUGAUGAUGAUGAAGAGGUUCUCUGUUGUACCAGUUUUUUUCAA